CAGUGUCAGUUUUAGUGCAUUGUUAUGAGGAUUGUCAAAGGAAGGUCAGAAAUCAUGUUUAUAAUGUGAAACAGAGAGGGAGAAAGCGCAGAAGAGUCAAUGUCAGAAAUGUCGGUUCAUGGUUCAGUCUCUCCUCAUGGGGGGGACACUUGCUCCAUCUCAGAGCUGAGGAUUGUCCUGCUGGGUCGUAGCUGGGCAGGGAAGAGUUCAGCAGGAAACACCAUCCUGGGCAGAGAAGAGUUCACAUCUGUGGGAAAGUGUAGCAUGCAAGGAAGAGAGGAGGGUGUGAAAAAAGUGGGUGAAGUAGCUGGGAGACAGGUGACUGUGGUGGAUGUGCAGGGCUGGAAUAGAUACUCUGCACAAGAGAUUAUAGAAAGAACUCUGCAGAGCGUAUCACUGUGUUCCCCAGGACCCCACGCCUUCCUUCUGGUCAUCGAUGUUUUCAGCAUGUACACAGAAGAUGACAGGAGAUCUAUGGAGAAAUGCCUGAGAGUCCUGGGUGAGACAGUCUGGAAUCACACAAUAGUGCUGUUCACCUUUGGGGACAAACUGGAAAACUCAACCGUUGAGCAGCAUAUUGAAAGAGGAGGGGAGUCACUCCAGUGGAUUGUUAAGGAAUGUGGUAACAGGUAUCAUGUACUCAACAACAGGACUCAUAGUGUGUCUCAAGUCACAAUGCUGCUGGAGAAAAUAGAGAAAAUGGUGGCAGAGAAUGGUGGCUGUUACCCUUCCGCUGAUAUCAAACAGCUUUCUGAGACAGAGAUGAAACGUUGCAUUGAAACACUGGAGGAAGAGAUGGAGAUAACCAGGAUGCAAGCUGCAAUGUGCUCCUGGGUUAAGUCGAAUAAGUCUCACAAACAAAGGGAGACAUCCUCUGUCUCAGAGCUGAGGAUUGUCCUGCUGGGUCGUAGCUGGGCAGGGAAGACUUCAGCAGGAAACACCAUCCUGGGCAGAGAAGAGUUCACAUCUGUGGGAAAGCGUAGCAUGCAAGGAAGAGAGGAGGGUGUGAAAAAAGUGGGUGAAGUAGCCGGGAGACAGGUGACCGUGGUGGACACGCAGGGCUGGUGUGGAUACUCUGCACAAGAGAUUAUAGAAAGAACUCUGCAGAGCAUAUCACUGUGUUCCCCAGGACCCCACGCCUUCCUUCUGGUUAUUGAUGUUUUCACCAUGUUCACAGAAGAUGACAGGAGAUCUAUGGAGAAAUGCCUGAGAGUCCUGGGUGAGACAGUCUGGAGUUACACAAUAGUGCUGUUCACCUUUGGGGACAAACUGGAAAACUCAACCAUUGAGCAGCACAUUGAAAGAGGAGGGGAGUCACUCCAGUGGCUUCUUAGGAAAUGUGGUAACAGGUAUCAUGUACUCAACAACAGGAAAAGAGGUAGUAGAUCUCAAGUCACAACGCUGCUGGAGAAAAUAGAAAAGAUGGUAGCAGAGAACGGUGGCUGCUCAGCUGAUAUCAAACAGUUUUUCAAUGACGAGAUGAAACAAGCGAUUGAAACACUGGAAGAAGAGAUGGCGAUAACCAAGACACCAUCUGCGUGGGAGUGGGCUCAAAAAGACUCAGACAUCCUGAAACGCCGUAGUAUGGAGUGGAACAAGCCUAAUCUGAGUGAAGAUUGGGAAAUGAAUGGAAUAGGAAAGCGCAAUAAUACCUUGGAUUCAGGAAGAGGGUCUUUGUACAGUCUACAAAGUAUUCAGGAGUGUGGCACUGAGAGAGACCAAGACCAACAAUCCUGAAACCGCCCUUGGAGAGGAGGAGCUGUGUUCAUUACCUUCUCAGCUAUGCCCUCUGCCUUCUGUUAGUUGGGUGACUAAGAAGACUGAAAAAGACAGGAUAACCUGGAGAAAAUGGAUGACAUGUGACACAUUUUACAUCAUAUUCACUCUGGUAGCAUUGUUUUCAUUUUGCUCUCUUUGUACUCUA